UUUCUCAACCACUUUUGCAUGGGAAGUGAAACAUAUUUUGUUUCGGGUUAUUACAAAGUAUUUAUAAAGUUCGAGCUCAAUAAUGAAGGACAAGACUGCCAUAAAUCCAGCUCCGGAGGCCAGCGGAGGCCAGGUUAAUGCUAAUGGUGGAGAUCGAUCUGCGACAACUGUCAUAAAUAUUGAACCUGAAACUGAAAUUCAAGACAUUGGAAUCUUCGCAGCAUCUCAGCAGCAGCAACGACAACAGCAGGAUCUUUCCGAAUCCGACAGAAUGGCCAAUUUCGACGAUACGUUGCAACGCGCCCGCCUUGCCUUUUCCAGUGGAAAGACCAGGAACGUCAACUUUCGACGCAAGCAGCUGGAGAGCCUGUUGCGUUGCUAUGAGGAGCACGAGAACGAGAUUAUCAGCGCCUUGGAGGCGGAUUUGCGGCGUCCCAAGCAGGAGAGUCUCAUUGUCGAGACCGAGUUCAUGAAGAACGACAUCAAGCACAUUCUGUUCCAUCUGAAUGAUUGGGUUCAGUCCGAUAAGCCAUCCAAGCCGUUUGUCAACCUGAUGGACGAUGUCCAAAUCUACAAUGAUCCCUUUGGCGUUGUCCUAGUUAUCGGCGCCUGGAACUAUCCGCUGCAGCUGCUCCUGGUGCCGGUGGCCUCAGCUAUUGCCGCCGGAAACUGCGUGGUGAUCAAGCCCAGCGAGAUUGCCGCCAACUGCGCCAAGUUCAUUGCCGAUGUCAUUCCAAAGUAUUUGGAUAAUGACUGCUAUCCAGUUGUCUGCGGCGGACCCACUGAGACCGCCGAGCUGCUUAACCAACGCUUCGACUACAUCUUCUACACCGGCUCCACGCGCGUCGGCAAGAUCAUCCAUGCGGCAGCCAACAAGCACUUGACCCCCACUACCUUGGAGCUGGGUGGCAAAAGCCCCUGUUACAUUGACAAGUCGGUGGAGCUGCGCACAGCCGUCAAGCGUAUCCUGUGGGGCAAGCUUAUCAACUGCGGCCAGACCUGCAUUGCUCCCGAUUACAUUCUGUGCUCCAAGGAGGUGCAGGACAAGUUCAUUGCCGAGGCCAAGGAGGUUCUGAAGGAGUGGUAUGGCGACAAUAUCCAGAGCAGUCCGGAUCUCAGUCGCAUUAUCAAUGUCAAUAACUUUCAACGCCUUCUCGGUCUGAUGAAGUCGGGACGCGUUGCCGUUGGCGGCAAAUACGAUGCCAGUGAGCGUUUUAUUGAGCCCACCAUCCUGGUGGACGUUAAAGACAAUGAUCCCAUCAUGGAGGAAGAGAUCUUCGGCCCCAUCUUGCCUAUUUUCACCGUGGAGAGUGCCUACGAUGCCAUUAAGUUCAUCAAUGCCAGAGAGAAACCACUUGUUAUUUACGUGUUCUCCAACUCGAAUAAGCUAGUUAAAGAGUUCAGGACGAAUACAACCAGCGGCGGAUUCUGCAGCAACGAAACUAUAAUGCACUGUGGAGUUGAUGUUCUGCCCUUUGGAGGCGUGGGUAUGAGUGGAAUGGGCAGCUAUCAUGGUAAAUAUGGCUUUGAUACCUUCACACACAAGAAAUCUUGCCUGGGCAAGGAUCUAUCGGCCUUUGGCGAGAAGUUGGCAUCGGCACGUUAUCCUCCCUACUCGGACCGCAAAGGAUCACUGCUCUCGUUCCUGCUGCGCAAGCGCCGUCCGCUGCCCAACCUGCACUUGAGUCACGUUUUGGCCCUGGGCUUAGGCGUUGGUCUUACGGUUCUGGCCAACUUCUACAUGCAGAGCUCAACAACUGAUUAGAGAAAACAAGAAACCAAAACCCAAAAAACAUUUUUACUUUUUAUACUGCAAUUCGGUGGGUGAUGUAAAGCUUUGGAUAUUUCGUUAUACACAUUAAAAUAGUUAUUGUUAUUUAGUUGCUAUUUAAUAAAUAUUGUGAAUGCUUACACUGUACGACAAAUAAAAACAAAACAAAAACUCUG